GUUUGUGCAACCAUGCAGUCAGGUGUCAAGAAGACCUGCCACUCCAGUAGAUCUUGAAGCAGUGUUUGUGCAACCAUGCAGUCAGGUGUCAAGAAGACCUGCCACUCCAGUAGAUCUUGAAGCAGUGUUUGUGCAACCAUGCAGUCAGGUGUCAAGAAGACCUGCCACUCCAGGAGAUUUUGAAGCAGCCGAGCCUAAUUUUCAAACUGGAGCAAGGAGCGACCAGCCACAUAAAAGAAAGUUGAUGCCACAAGAAGAAUUCCAGCAUCAAGUACUCAUGAAAUUGAGUGUCCUGCGUGUUGUCCAACAGCAGCAAGGGGAGCUUCUAAAUGCAUUGGUGUCACGUUUCGCUAGAGGAAAUAUGCAGUCUCAGGCAGCCAAGGAACCUCUCAUAAGUGAACCAUUUGAUGACUAUGAAUCCCUCAAACGCUUUGAUGAAACAUUGACUGGAUCAAGAAGGGAGGAUUUUAUUCAGGAACUGGCUAACAAAGGUGGAGCAAAUCCAACCACAUGCACAAAAAGAAUACUGCGCCAUGUCAUGACAGACUUUCUUGGUUGCCAGUUUUCUUGGCAAGGGAGAAAGGGGAAGCAUUCUUUCUCUCAAAUGAAGCUGUCAUCAUGCAUCACCUGUGCCGUCCAGAGUGGCCAUGAGACAAGUGAAUUUGCGGUAGAAACAGCCAUCCGGGAGUGGCUGCGUCACGCUCCUGCCAGGCACAGGACUGCCAUUGCCAAGGACUGUGCCACUUCACAGCCCGGACAUGUGUGACGGGGUCCCCUCGCCCUGCUGUGCUGUCACCCAUUACCCGCGGCAUCUAGCUUCCCGUGUGACCAUGAUUUCUUCAGGACUGUCCACUGAACAGACCGGACAUAUGUGUGACGUGGUGGUGCCCUCGGCCUGCUGUACUGUCGCCCAUCACCCGCAGCAUCUAGCUUCCAGUGUGACCCUUUCUUCAGAACUGUGCCACUGAACCGACUGAACAUGUGACAUGAUGCCCUCUGCCUGUUGUACUUUCGCCCAUCACCUGCAGCAUCUAGCUUCCAGUGUGACCAUGCUUUCUUCGGAACUGUGCCACUGAACCGACUGAACAUGUGUGACGUGGUCUGCCUGUAGCUUCCAGUGUGACCAUGCUUUCUUCAGAACUGUGCCACUGAACCGACUGAACAUGUGUGACGUGGUCUGCCUGUUGUACUUUCACCCAUCGCCCGCGGCGU